UAUCUCACAGAUUAUCUCCAGCUUUGUUCAUCUCCAAAUUCUCCUUCCAUCUUUCCCUUGGAGGGGCGCGCAUCCUGUGCGCGUUCCUUGAUUGGCUAUGGAAUCCACAUCAUUCGUCUUCUUUUCCAUUGUAUCUCUUGUCUUGGUGGCUGUUCAUGGCGUAUCAGAGACCGAAUCUCUCUUGAAAUUCAAGAAAUCUCUUGUUAUAGGGAGAGCAGAUGCUUUGAAUAGUUGGGAUAGAACGAACCCUCCAUGUAAAUGGAUUGGUGUCUUGUGUGAUAGCGGCUUUGUUUGGGGAUUACGACUAGAAAACUUUGAGCUCUCUGGCUCUCUAUACAUUGAGGCGUUGAUGGGUUUGAAGUCUCUCAGGUCUCUUAGUGUCAUGAAUAACAAGUUUGGAGGUCCAUUUCCAGAGUUCAAGAAACUUGUUGCUCUAAAAUCACUUUACUUGUCAAACAAUCAGUUUGACGUAAAGAUACCUAAAGAUGCAUUUGAUGGAAUGGGGUGGUUAAAGAAACUCCAUUUGGAGCAUAAUAAGUUUCGUGGUGAAAUUCCAGACUCCUUGGCCAAAAGUCCCAAGCUUUUAGAGCUUAGACUUGACGGGAAUCGUUUCACUGGAAAAAUUCCCGAGUUCACACAUAAACCACAUAUGUUAAACCUUUCAAACAAUGCAUUAACUGGCCCAAUCCCAAAAAUUCUGAGUACAAUGGAUCCAAAAUUAUUUGAAGGCAACAACGGUUUAUGUGAAAAACCUUUGGGUACAAAAUGUUCUUCUCCUUACAACCUAUCCCCAGCGCCAAAGACCAACUCCAAGAAAAAAUCAUCAAUGUUUUUGUACAUUGUAGCUGCAGUGGUAGCAGCACUGGCUGUAAUACUCAUAAUUAUUGGAAUGAUCAUCUUUAUUAACCGUAGACGAAGGAAGAAACAUCCACUACUGAUAGCAGAACCUGGACCAUCAAGUUUACAGAUAAGAGCUGGAAUCCAAGAAAGUGAAAAGGGACAAACUAGCUACCAUUCACAAAACCGGGCGGCAAAGAGGAUGAUUCAAACAACAAAACUGUCAUUUUUAAGAGAUGACAAGGAAAAAUUUGAGUUGCAAGAUUUAUUAAAAGCAUCAGCUGAGAUUCUAGGAAGUGGCUGUUUUGGAGCGUCAUAUAAGACAUUGCUUUCGAAUGGGUCAAUGAUGGUAGUGAAGAGAUUUAAACAUAUGAACAAUGCAGGAACUGAGGAAUUCCAAGAACACAUGAAGAGAUUGGGGAGGUUAAACCAUGAGAAUUUGCUCCCUAUUGUAGCUUAUUAUUACAAAAAAGAGGAAAAAUUAUUUGUUUACGAUUUUGUUGGAAAGGGAAGCUUGGCUGCUCACCUUCAUGGUCAUAAAUCGUUAGGGCAACCAAGUUUGGAUUGGCUAACCAGAUUAAAUAUUGUGAAAGGUGUAGGACAUGGACUUUUGUACCUCCACAAAAAUCUACCUAGCCUAAUGGCUCCUCACGGUCAUCUAAAAUCAUCUAAUGUUCUUCUUAGUGAGAAGUUUGAGCCUCUUCUUAUGGACUAUGGCUUGAUCCCAGUGAUCAAUGAAGAGAGCGCACAAGAGCUCAUGGUGGCUUACAAAUCCCCAGAGUACUUGAAACAAAGCCGUGUGACUAAAAAGACCGAUGUGUGGGGGCUCGGUGUACUCAUCUUGGAGAUUCUUACAGGAAAGAUUCCUGAAAGUUUCCCUCAAGUCGAUAAAGAAAGUGAGGAGAAUCUUGCUAGUUGGGUGAGGUCGAUUUUCCAAGGAGAGUGGACACAAGAGUUGUUUGAUCAAGAAAUGGGGAAAAUUAACAAUUGUGAAGCAGAGAUACUUAAACUCUUGAGAAUUGGACUGAGUUGUUGCGAAGUAGAUGUGGAUAAAAGGUUAGAUAUAAGAGAGGCUGUUGAGAAGAUGGAAGAUUUGAUGAAGGAGAGAGAACAAGGAGAUGAUGACUUCUACUCAACAUAUGCGAGUGAAGCUGAUGGAAGAUCAUCGAGGGGGGUGUCAAGUGAGGGAAUUAAUUUGUCAUAAAAAUAAAAUUAACAAGUUAGCCAGUAAGUAUGUUUUUCAUGCAAAAGUGGUGUCUCAAAACCGCAACUGCUUGGAGUUAAUUGAUGUCGUGUCGUCGACACCUUCUCGACCUAUGAAAGCCCAUAGAAAAAAUUGGUUUUCUAUUCACAUGUGAUGUUAUUGUGAGAAUUUUUCUGUAAGAAAAGUAAUGUAGAGAAACAUAUUUUCCU